AUGGCCUCACUAAAAUGUGCCUUCCUGGGCUUUAUGUUGUUGCUCUGUUUGAGCUUCAGCUUUGCUCACAGACUCCUUUUGGAUACUUCCACUGAAGCCCAAAAACUCAACGGUGUUGAGCUUAAUAGUGCCGUUGGAUCCGGAAGUGGUGUGGGAGUCGGGUCGGGAGGUGGGUAUGGUUAUGGGUCAGGAAUUGGAGUAGGUUCUGGCUUGGGUGGUGGGAGUGGAAUUGGGUCUGGUACUGGCAUUGGAUUUGGGAGCGGGCCUGGAAAUGAUGCUUAUGGGUCAGGAACUGGUUCUGAAUCAGCUGGUGGGCCUGGAACUGGCAGUGGAUCUGCCCGUGGGCCUGGAAGUGGCGCUUUAGGAUCCGGAAGUGGCACUGGAAGGGCUUCUAGUGGGCCUGGAGCUGGUGCAUAUGGAUCAGGAAGUGGCUCUGGAAGUGCUUCUAGUGGGCCUGGAUAUUUACCAGGUGGUGGUGGUAUUGCGUAUUGGCCAGGUUUUGGCCCAAUAGGUGGUUAUGGGCCUGGAAGUGGAUCAUAUGGAUCGGGAAGUGGCUCUGGAAGCGCGUCUAGUGGGCCUGGAACUGGUGGUGCAUCUGGAUCAGGAAGUGGAUCUGGAAGUGCUUCUAGUGGGCCUGGAUAUUUACCAGGUGGUGGUAUUUGGUAUUGGCCUGGUUUUGGUCAACCAGAAGUUGGAGGUGUUGGCCCAAUAGGUGGUUUUGGGCCUGGAAGUGGAUCAUAUGGAACAGGAAGUGGCAGUGGAAGGGCUUCUAGUGGGCCCGGAGCUGGUGGUGCAUAUGGAUCAGGAAGUGGCUCUGGAAGUGCUUCUAGUGGGCCUGGGUAUUGGCCUGGUUUUGGCCAACCCGGAUUUGGUGGUGUUGGUGGGCCAAGCCCAGGUUGGCCCAUAGGUGGUGGUAUUGUGUACUGGCCUGGAGUCAUGGGACCUAAUACUGGAGGUGGUGCAAUUGGCACUGGAACAGGUACUGGUGAAGCAAGUGGACCUGGAGGAGGUAGUGCUAUUGGUACAGGUACUGGUGUUGCAAGUAGUGGGCCUGGAGGACCAGGAUAUGUUGGUCAAGGCCCAUAUAUCGUACCCGGCUUUGGGCCUGGAUACAAUUGUGGGCCUCCAGUCUAUGGCUGUCCUACAACUGGAAUUGGUAGUUCUGCAAUGCAUAAGGCAACAAAAGCUACACAUGACAAAACCAAGGAGACACAAGGAAGUAAUGUGUGA